AGUGUCAUCACAAACAUUAAUAGUAUAUAUAGUAAAAUGUUAUAUUUGUAAAAUUAACGUGUUAUAAUUUAUAAUGUGAUUCGAAUUCCUAUAAUUAGUGAACCUAGUGAACAUGAUAAGUGAGAUCAAACUACAACAAUCAAUAAUGAUAUCGCAUAUCUCAUCAAGUACUGGAUCAUAUUAUCAGAUUCAUUGAAAUCUCCAAAUCAUGUCUCUGGUUGCUAAUAUCCUAUUGGAUUGGAAACUAUUUCUCCUGGGAAUUGGACUCUUGGCUUCAGUUUCUAUUAUCAACACAACGAUACCAAUACUGCCUGUAGGAUGCUUGAUGUUCAUGCUGUGCUCAGUUUCAUUGUGGUUCACUACAAUAUGUGUUACAUUUGUCUUGCUGCACAAGUUAUUACAGAAAAAUGAACCUAUUCAGUUUGGUAAAGUUACCAAACCAUCCCUCAUACAGCAAAGAGGGGACUUGAAACCAAACCAAGAAAAAGUCAAGCUGUUAUCACAAGAUAUUGAGGAAUACUUCAUCUCUAAAUGGUACAUUAACAUCAGUGAAGAUGAUGAUUUCCCUCAAGAAAGUAGGCUGUUUUUAGAAGAAGUUAUCAGUAGAUUUUCGGAAGUGCAAUUGGGUGUUAAUAAUAAAGUCCUUCUACAUGGAAUGUUGAAUAUUUAUCUCAAACAUUUGAAGGAGUUCAGAAGAACAUUGAUUCGAAAAGAGAAGUAUGAAGGCUCUAUAGAAGAUCUAUACAGGUAUUCCCACUUUUGCACUACCAAUUUGAAAUCUCAAGACUAUUUCAUACACCAACUCACAACUAAUUUACUGAGACAUUUCAUCAACUCUGAUCUGUGGAAUUCCUUACCAUGUCAGGUUCUUGUUUCUGUUCUGGCACGAAAGUUAACUGCUUACUUAUUGAACCUAAUAUCAAACCCUGAAAUUUUGAACUAUUUGUUACUUGAUUGCCUAGCAUCAAAAGCUGUGAAAGAAGAGUAUAAUUUAUCUCAGUACAGUAGAGUAUGUAUUUUGGAGUAUUAUGAUGUGAUUGAUGCUAAAGGAACUGUUACACAUUUUUCUGAGGAAAACUUACAAGAAAAAGCAGCCAUGAGUAUUGAUGAACCUGAUUCAAUGACUGUAGAAAAAACUAGUGACAGUAUUGUUGAUAACAAUCCAAUACAACAAAACUCAGAUACAAAAUUUGUAAAAAUAAUUCCAAGUCUAGGAAAAGAAACUAAAAAGAAAGAAGACAGCAAAAAUUUUGAAAUAGCUAAAGAAAUGAAAGGAGAAAUUAGUUUUGACAAAUCUACUUCAAAUUCAACCUCAACUGAUCCAGUGAAGAUAUAUGAAGCAAAAUUCAGUAGAACUACAAAAACCUACAGUGAUUCUAAAGAACUGGCCCUUGGUGUAUCCUUAGGGCAAGAUCCUCUGGAUGCUAUGCCUGUGACAAUGGAAAAUGUCAAGGCAAUUGGAAAGAGCAUAUUUUGGGAUUCAGGUAAAAUUGAGCAAUUUGUUGAAGAAGGACCUACACAGUUACUGAAUGAAGUUAAGCAUACAACACAGUCCACAAUGGAAGGAUUGAAGAGUUCUAUCAAACCUAUAAGUGAUGCAACAGUAAAUACCCUUCACAAUAUCAAAGAUCUGCAAGAGACAACAGUGAAUAAUGCUUUGCACAAAAUAGGAGAUUUUCAGGACGAAGCAGCCGGCAUGGUGGAAGGCAUCCUUGAUUUCGGCCGAGCGGGUCUGCGCAAAGGUUUGCGCCUCACCGGGCUGCAGGACAACAUCGAGACCGCGAAGGCGUCGCAGCCCAACAAGAGUGCGCAGCCCGACAGGAGUGCGCAGAAGUCGAGGGCCGGCAGACCGACCAGAGCUGAAUCGCCGGAGAGAGGCGGCGAGGAGGCGGAUUCCGUGUGGAUGAACCCGCUGCAGAUGGAUUCGCCCAAUUUCGACGGGCAAAUAUUGUUGGUGAGUUCUUUGGAAAGGCCAAGAAAGCCUGAAGAUAGGAAGGAUAUUCAGAUACCUUCUAUUUCUACUGAACAACCACCAUCUAGUACUGAGAGUCCGGAUCCUGAAUAUGAAGACACAGCAGAUUUAGCAUCUAGCAUCGCAAAAUUGAGGUCCCUUUUGCAACAAAGAUCUUCUGAAUCAAGUUUAUCUACGCCAGCUCUAAGUCCAAUAUUUUUGCAAGCAAGAUACAAUGGAACCAAAAAGUUUUGGGUGGCAGACAGAAUAUCUUUUUUUGCUACUAGGCCCCCCGAUGACUUUAUGCAAAAAUCCUCGGAAGCGGAAGUCGAGAACAUUUCCGACUUGGAUGAAGUGGACGGUGUGAUGCCCAGUUUUUACAAAUUCUGCGCCAAAACGGCAACCGGCGUUUUGGACAAAACUAUUCACACGAUCAAAACGGCUCUGCCUAGCAACAUUCAAGGGGUGGAACAAUCGGACAAUGCUUGGAUCUUCAUACAAACUGAUCAAAAUGAGGCUGACAUACUGACUAGAAUGAAGAAACUGCUGACCGAACGAAAGGAAUAUUGUACCCUGGACAUGGAGAUAGAUACAGCAUAUGAGGCUAUCGAUUCCUCAGACACAUUUCCACAUCAUGUUUUCCCACCAAAUGUGGAAUAUGAAGAUGAAUUGGAUGAAUUUGAAGCUAAACUGCCGGUGACCAAAGCCCUGUUAGACAUUGUUUGUGAACUUUUGGCUGAGGCAGACUCUCCUUUUGUUCGAGAACCUCUAGUAAAGGCCAUUCUACUGACAUUUGGCAACACCAUGGAGCAUUUCAUUCUUUCUCAAGUGGACGCGGCCAUGGACAAGCUGUGCGUCGAUUUGAUCGUCAUUCCCAAAGUGACGAAUCAGAAUACUUUGUCCCUGGAGAAGAAUAGCUUUGUUGAAGCUAUUUUCAGUGGUUUACCAGAUGCUGUAAAACUCACGUUUGGAAAGUCUACUCUUACUAAGGCUUUCCAGCUAUUAGUUUCUUCUUUGCAAAGCCAGAAAAUCAAUCAGGAUGUGGUUUUGCAGAUCUUUGAGCUGUUUUGUAUGAAGCUCAUUGAGGAAAGUAGCCAAUUAUCUCCUCCAGCUUCAGCUUGAUUUGAUUCUUCUUAUUAUGUUUUAAUUGAACAACUUACUGACACAAAUUUCAAAGUAUUACUUCCGUUGCAUUCCAAUAGUAUUUAAUAAUUACAGUAAUAAUCUAUGAAUUUUUGUCCAUGUCAUAAAACAAACCAAAGUUAUUAUUAUUUUAGAGAUUCAAAUAUUUUUUGUAACUAAGCUUUUAUUUUAAGAUUGAAGCUUUCUUAAGAUAUUGUUGUGAUAUUAACUUUAAGUAUAAACUGUGUUGUAGAUAUUGUUUUUAAAAUUUAGAUUUUAUCUUUGUUAGGCUCUUGACUUAUAUUAUUGGUAUAUAUGUUUAGAUUAAACCAACUGAAUAGUCU